UAAAGUGUAAGCUUGACAGAUAAGACACGAGGACACGCUGAAAGCCCCGGAGCGCUCAUGUUGCACGCGCCUCUCAGCGGACACUCCCCCAUCUUGACUCUGUUUAGACAGGACAGGCUACCGUCCUACUUCAGCCUGUUGCAGCCGGACAACUUCACUUCCGAGGUACAUUAACCUUCUGCAACCGAACGCAGAACAUUCAAGUGCCGACCGACUAAUUCGGGGACGCUUGCUUUCACAAAGUCUACCCAAACUCCGGCGGGUGGAAAAGGUAACCAGUGUGUGCCAUUCAGAGGGGGAUCCCAAUAAAAGGUUAAGCUGCACUCCCUCCUCUGCAACAUGGGGGCUCUGGUCUCACGAUGGAGGACUUAGACGAAGAAUGGCUAAACCGUCCACUGUGGAGGUUUUGGAAGGACUUGAAAAGGAUAUACAGACUCUUGAGGAGCACAGGGAGAAGAAUCAGAGACAGUUAAAGAUAUGGAUUGGACGGUUGCUCAUGUACUCGGCUCUCCUUUACUUGAUCACUUCCAUAGUUGUGUAUUUGUGGUACCUACCAGAGCAGUUAAUGGGGCGGCUCGUACUUUCUCUCCCCUUUGUAAUAUUUCCACUUUUAGUAUGGUUGCUUCGAAAGAUGAUCGUAGUCAUUUUUUCACGGAGAACUGAAAAAAAUAAUGAAAAGCUAGAAGAUCUUAAAACACAAAAACGGAAAAUUCUUGAAGAAGUGAUGGAAAAUGAGACGUAUAAAAAUGCCAAAAUUAUUCUUGAGAGGUUUGACCCCGAUUCCAAAAAAAAAAAGGAUUUCGAGUCCACUCCUGUUGGACCUCAGAUGACUCCAAAGCCAGGACAAGAGCUCCGCCAGCGUAAUGUCGUCCCAAAGACCCCCCCUGCGCUGGUGAAUCCUGCUGCUGCCCGCCCUCCGCUUGCCUCUGGGCCCACCUACCCCGGACGAUCUUCCCACUCUGCUCCAGGUGGACCCCCAGAGAGGGCCCUGUCAGCUAUAGCUGCUCAGCAGAGCUUGAUGAGGAAGCCUGUGACCCCGGGAACACCUGUUCCAGGAGUUGGGAUGCAUCCCCCAGGCCCGCCACUGACCAGACCUGUGCUCCCAAGGGAAAGAGGUGCAAUGGACAGAGUCAUUGAGUAUCUCGUUGGCGAUGGCCCCCAAAACAGAUUCGCUCUCAUAUGUCAGCAGUGCCUGUCUCAUAACGGCAUGGCAUUAAAGGAAGAAUUUGAAUACAUUGCCUUCCGUUGUGCAUAUUGUUACUUCUUGAACCCUGCGAGGAAGAGCAGGCCUCAGGCACCCAGGCUUGAUGUCACUGGUGAGGUGAAGAUGCCGUCCGAAGUGCCCCCACCAGCAUGUGCUGCUGACGCUGACGAUGACAAAUGUGCUCCAGGAAAAAUCGAGCCUGCUGAUGUCCCUCUUGGAACAGAUUCCCAGGAGCCUGGCACACCUCCAGCCACAGAGCCCAGCUCUGCAUCCGACAGCCAAGACACGCCAGAGUCACAUGACCUGCCCUCUGAGAAAUCUGAUGAGGAGAAUGAUAUUUCUGCCAUGGAAGUGGAAUAAAGCACGGGACUAGUGAUUUCAAACCAAGUCCAAGGUGGGGCUUAUUUUCUGUCAGGAAAUGUAAUGGCAAGUUUACACGUAAAUAGCAGAAGUUACAAAGGCAACAUGUAGUUGAUUUUAUUUUCACCUCACAGGACAUCCCUUUUGUCAGAAUGGCUUUUAAAGUAACUGUAGUAGUAAUGACUUAAACAUUUCAUUGCUGAGCACUUGCAUCUAUUUUUCAUCAUUUUGAUCGUUACAGGUCUGUAGCAGGGAGCUCUAAACAUUUGCUCCACUUGGUCCUUGACCUCUGCUUUGCUAAAGUGAAGUAGCGUUUUCUUUCUGGCAUCAAGGUGUAGCGUUCACCUAAUCGAAAUGCUGUCAAAGCUCCAGUUUAGAGGCCAUACGUCCCCUCCUACUUGAUCACUAUCAUAAAAGGAAAAGGAGGGGAAGAAGUGAGAUGGACGCUAACUGGGUUUUGUUGUUUUUCAGGUUGUUUUUUGUCCUUUUCCAUAUAUUUUAUUUGUUUUUGUUUGAAUGGGUGAUAUUGCUGGUAGAUAGUAAACAGUACUAAAGAAGUUUAAGGUUGUUGUGGGAAAACGUAUUUAUGGAAUGUUAUUUAUAGCUAUUUUUGUACACCUGCCAUGAUGAUGUUAACUGAGGUACUGUGCAUUACAGCGGUGCUAACUUGUUUACAAUACCAAAAUAUACAAUAGGAAAGCGGAUUGUCCUACUGUGCAUGUCAUAAGUGCCUUUUUAUAUUGAAGUCUGAGUAUUGUCAACAAAAUAAAAUAUUUUUACAUCAGACAAUCAUUGACCCAUUCUCAACCUUAAGCGACAGUAUCUCAUGCAGAAUGAAUGCCUGCAGAAAUAAUGCCAAAUGAACAUUUCAGAACAUCUGUAUACACAUGCUCACAGCUACAGCAUCUGCAUCUGUUACACGGUUCUUGUGAAACCCA